AUGCCUUUGAAGGCAAAGCCAUCUUUGGAGGGACCUGAUAUUGGUCCACCCUGCUGCGAUGGCAAAGAAAAUCCUUGCUGCGAUGCGACCUGCAUUGAUCGAAUUGUUCUCCGGGAAUGUGGAGACGAUGAUAACGAAAGGAAUGGGACAUCGACCGAGGAGACCAAGAAGAGGCGUGCUACUAUCCGCCAUCGUUACACUGAAAGAUUAGAUGCUAUAGGCUGUAUAUGCCGCGCUCUCAUUUCCUUGGGACAGGAGACUUGUUGUAUCACUAAGCCACGACCAAGCAAUCCUUAUGAGGACAAGAAACCAGCAGCCCGUAAGAAACCACUCGAUAAAUGUUGUGACAAAAAAUCGAAUACUAGUAUCCAGAGGAAGUCGCCUUACAGUUCUAAGGAUCGAUGCAGAGCCGAAAAUUCCGCUUGUGAAGACGCCUGCUGCGAGCGGACACAGCCAGUUGACGUUGUACCAGAAGGAACUACAACAACUCUGAAAGAUCCUGAAAAGGGACUUUCGGCAAUCGAACAUGUUGUCCUUAGCCUGAGCGGUAUGACCUGUACUGGCUGCGAGACCAAGGUUCAGCGAGUACUAGGCAAUAUCCCAGCGGUUGACGACUUGAAGACAAGUCUGGUCAUGGCGCGCACUGAGUUCAAUCUCAACACUGGAAUCAUGUCGGUCGAAGACGUCAUCAAGCAUCUGGAAAGGACUACUGAAUUCAAGUGUCAGACGAUCUCCAUUCAAGGCUCCACAAUUGAAGUGAUCUCUCAAGAUGCACACAAUGUCUUGGAUCAACAACUGCCUUUUGGCGUGAACCAAAUUCAACUUGUGGAAAAAAAUGUACUUCGGAUCAAUUUUGACUCCAAAGUCAUUGGCGCAAGAGCUCUGCUCGACAAGGGAUUUAUCCAACCAUUGAAACUUGCUCCUCUUAGGGUUGAUCCUGGAUUGUUAGCCGGCGAUAAGCACGUUCGCGAUCUAGGAUAUAUGACCCUGUUCUCCUGCAUAUUGACAAUUCCGGUACUGGUUCUGGCAUGGGCACCUCUGCCAAACCACGAAAUGGCGUAUGCAAUUUCCUCCCUGGUGCUCGCCAGUGUCGUGCAGUUUCUCGUUGCCGGGCCUUUCUACCCUAAAGCGAUCAAGGCUCUUGUCUUCUCCCGCAUCAUCGAAAUGGAUCUGCUCAUUGUUCUGAGUACCAGCGCAGCCUACGUCUUCUCGGUUGUAUCAUUCGGAUAUCUGGCGUCUGGCAACCCGCUAUCCAUAGGCGAAUUCUUCGAGACAAGUACCCUACUCGUAUCUCUCAUCAUGGUCGGUCGUUGGGUUGGGGCACUGGCACGGCAGAAGGCCAUAAAGUCCAUUUCGAUUCGCUCACUUCAGCCUUCCCUGGCGCUGUUAGUAACUCAAGACGGUACACCGAUCAACGAAGUCGACACUAGAUUACUCCAAUAUGGAGACGUGUUCUGUGUUCUUCCUGAACAUCGCAUACCCACCGACGGAAUUAUCAUUGACGGCGUAUCCGAGUUAGAUGAGUCGAUGCUGACUGGCGAGUCGAUACCAGUGGGAAAGGCCGUCGGUGAUAGAGUCGUUGCGGGCUCGAUCAAUGGAUCUGGCAAAUUAGUUAUACGACUUACUCAUCUGCCGGAUGAAAACACCAUCAGCACCAUUGCCGGUAUGGUCGACGAAGCCAAACUCAGCAAGCCAAAGAUUCAGCACCUCGCCGAUCAAAUCGCAGCCUAUUUCGUGCCAGUCAUCAUCUUUUUGACGGUUGUUACAUUUGUUGCUUGGAUUGCCGUCGGCGUACAUGUUAGAAAGCAAAAUGGUUCUGAAGCAGCGAUCCAAGCUAUCACAUUCGCCAUUACCGUGCUUAUUGUCUCGUGUCCUUGUGCAAUUGGGCUCGCAGUACCUAUGGUGAUUGUUAUAGGCAGUGGUGUGGCGGCAGAGCGUGGCAUCAUCUUCAAAUCAGCUGAAAGUAUCGAGAUUGCGCACAAGACAACGCAUGUUGUCUUUGACAAGACUGGUACGUUGACAGCAGGGAGAUUGACUGUGUCGGCCUGUUAUCUAUACGAGGAGGACAAUUCACAAAUUUUGUAUAAUAUGCUUGGUUUAGUCACCAGCAGCAAACACCCUGUAUCUGCUGCGGUUGCGAGAUAUCUCCUUGAAAAGGGGGUUCGGCAAGCUCCAGUGCAUGGUAUCAAGACCAUCACAGGGAAAGGUGUUGAGGGGUCUGUUCCCGGCGGCGAAGUCAUACGCGGUGGCAACGCGCGCUGGCUGGGAAUGGAAGCUGAUCCUAAUGUCGCAAUGAUGUUGGUUCAAGGUUACACUGUGUUUUGUGUGGUUGUGGGCAGUCGCCUUUGCGCCGUAUUUGGUCUUUCGGACUCCUUACGCCCUGAUGCUGCUUUGACUGUGUCUGAGCUCCUGAAAAGAGGCAUCCAUGUCUCAAUACUGAGCGGUGAUGAGCAUGGGGCAGUAAAAAAAGCUGCAAACGAACUGGUUCUUGACAUUGCCAAUGUGCGUUCUGCCUGCAGCCCAGUCGAUAAGCAGGAGUAUAUCAGGUCCCUCUUGACCAGUUCUCUGCCCAGUGGCAAGAAACCUAUUGUCGUCUUCGUCGGCGAUGGCACAAACGAUGCCGUGGCGCUUGCCCAGGCUAGUAUCGGCGUUCACAUGAACUCAGGUACAGAUGUUGCUAAGGGCGCGGCCGAUGUUGUGCUUAUGAGGAGUUCCCUCAAGGCUGUCGUCAACAUGAUUGACGUCUCCAGAGCCUCAGUGAGGCGCAUCAAGUUCAACUUUGCGUGGGCGUUCGUGUACAACGUUAUGGCUGUCUUGCUAGCCUCGGGUGCUCUCGUUGCGGCGAAUGGGGGCAGUGGCGUACGUAUUCCCCCGGAAUACGCUGGGCUGGGAGAGUUAGUUAGCGUGCUCCCUGUUAUUGGGGUUGCACUUGGCUUAAAAUGGGCCCGGCUACGAAAUUUCUAG